AAGAAAGAAAACAACAACAAAAAAGGAUUUGAACCUAAAAAUCUGAGCCCAGAGCCCAAACACUAAAUCAACAUGCUGAGUUGAAAUCGACUAAAGCUAACAAGUAUGGGAUGGAAGAGGGCCAUUUUUCUUGUUUACUUACUCAUUCAACAAACAAGGACACCGGACCUACUCUGUUGCCUCUAUGCCAGGCCCUGUUCCAGGGCUUAGCGGGGACAUAAAAUCAAUAAAAUGUGGGGUCUACCUUCAGGGAUGGAGGUCCUAGACGGCAGGGCAGGAAGACUAUGGUAUAGUUCCAGUAAAUGCUGAAUAGAGCCUGCCAUCACUUCCGAUUGGACUGUUGCCCAGAGGAGGCAACCUGCGUACUUCUCAGGUCCAUCCUGGGCUGGCACCUGGGUUGCCUGCCAUCUGUCACUCCCACCUAUUCCAGGCCUGCCAUUGCUCAUGGCUGACUUCCUACCAGCAUAUCUCUCCUGGCCUCCUCUCCUGUCACCUCUCCUUCACCCCGCAGGGCACCCACGUACGGAGACUCCCUGGAAGGCCCAGCACCUGUCUCCACCCCUGGAGUUCCACCAGCUUGGCCGAGGCCUGGGGCGAGUGGAGAAUGCUUCUUGGCCCCUUCCCAGAGGCAGGGGAGGAGGAGGGAGGCUGGGAAAGCAGGCUGGGGCCGGGUGUCAGUGUCGCAAUUCUGGGCCGUGCUGGGACCUUUGCUCUGCGAGGUGUCUGUGGAGGGGAGGGAACUCGGACUCUGGAGGCUGCUGGGAUUGGGGUGGGGGUGCCUGGGAGGCAGUCCUUCUGGACGAGCAGCUAAGAGCCCUGGAGUGAGGAGAGGAAGGGGAGAGACCUGGAACUGUGCCGCUCCGGCUCACCGGCUGGCGGCACUCAGGCCUCUGGACUGGGGACUGCACCAUUCUCUUCUCCCAGCAAGGGGGCUCCAGAGACUGCCCAGCCAGGAAGUCUGGUGGCCUGGGGAUUCGGACAGUGCCUUGGUAAUGUCCAGGGCUCCAGGAAGAGAUGUCCUUGUGGCUGGAGGCCCGAGUACCUGAUGUUUCUCCUGAUUCUGCAGUGGAGCUGUGGGAGCCAGAUGCAAGCAGCAAGGGCCCAGGAAGCAGCAACCGCAUCCUCAUAGAAGAAGCCAGGAUACCUCAAUCUGCUGGGGACACUUUGGGGAUGGAGCUGGAGGCAGCAGAGCCCACAGCCCUGCUCCCCAGGACAGAGCUCCCUUCAGAACUCACAGAUCUCCGUCCACAAAAGCGGAAAAAGGGGCCAGCCCCCAAAAUGCUGGGGAACGAGCUGUGCAGUGUGUGUGGGGACAAGGCCUCUGGCUUCCAUUACAACGUGCUGAGCUGCGAGGGCUGCAAGGGCUUCUUCCGCCGCAGUGUCAUCAAGGGAGCGCGCUACAUCUGCCACAGUGGUGGCCACUGCCCCAUGGACACCUACAUGCGCCGAAAGUGCCAGGAAUGUCGUCUUCGUAAAUGCCGCCAGGCUGGCAUGCGGGAGGAAUGUGUCCUGUCAGAAGAACAGAUCCGCCUGAAGAAACUGAAGCGGCAAGAGGAGGAACAGGCUCAGGCCACAUCCCUGCCCCCGAGGGCUUCCUCACCUCCCCAAGUCCUGCCCCAGCUCAGUCCGGAGCAACUGGGCAUGAUCGAGAAGCUCGUCGCCGCCCAGCAACAGUGUAACAGGCGCUCCUUUUCUGACCGGCUUCGAGUCACGCCUUGGCCCAUGGCACCAGAUCCCCAGAGCCGGGAGGCCCGUCAGCAGCGCUUUGCCCACUUCACGGAGCUGGCCAUCGUCUCUGUGCAGGAGAUUGUUGACUUUGCCAAACAGCUGCCCGGCUUUCUCCAGCUCAGCCGGGAGGACCAGAUCGCUCUGCUGAAGACCUCGGCGAUCGAGGUGAUGCUUCUGGAGACAUCUCGGAGGUACAACCCUGGGACUGAAAGUAUCACUUUCCUCAAGGAUUUAAGUUACAACCGGGAAGAUUUUGCCAAAGCAGGGCUGCAGGUGGAAUUCAUCAACCCCAUCUUUGAGUUUUCCAGAGCCAUGAAUGAGCUGCAGCUCAAUGAUGCCGAGUUUGCUUUGCUCAUUGCCAUCAGCAUCUUCUCUGCAGACCUUGGCCAGACCUGCUUUUCAACUCUGUUGGUGAUCGAUAGACCGGCCCAACGUGCAGGACCAGCUCCAGGUAGAGAGUCUGCAACACACCUAUGUGGAAGCCCUACAUGCCUACGUCUCCAUCCACCACCCCCACGACCAACUGAUGUUCCCACGGAUGCUAAUGAAACUGGUGAGCCUCCGGACCCUGAGCAGUGUCCACUCAGAGCAAGUGUUCGCACUGCGCCUGCAGGACAAAAAGCUCCCCCCGCUGCUCUCUGAGAUCUGGGAUGUGAACGAAUGACUAUUCUUCUCCCAUAUCUUCUGUUUUCUGGGCUGGAUGGCUGAGGCCCCAUGGCUGCCUCCUAGAGGUGGAGCUGACUGAAAAGAGCGAACAUUCCUGGGAGUUGGACAGGAUCCUCACGUGGCAUUAAAGAAGAGUCAAAGGGU